AUGGUGCAUCCCAAAGCCGAAAAGGCCCUUGAAGAGGCAAAGAAACUAGUCGCCCAGCUCGAAUCGUACGAGGAUGACCCCAUCAGCCACCAAAAUGUCCUCAAGCAGACAGAAGCAGUUCGCUCAGCUUUCCAGGAUCCCAUGGAUCAGAUGACACACCUAAUGGAGCAACUCAGUCUCGGAUGCGCUUUCCAUACCGUUCUUGGAAUCCGGGCAUACCACGCCAUGCCCGAAGAUGGAAGUCCCAUCGCCGCUGAGGAAUUGGCUCGCAUUACCAAUGUUGCUACUACUGUGAUUCAGCGCAUUUACCGUGUUGCUGUUAGUCAUGGUGUUUUUGUUGAGACGGCGCCUGAUGCGUAUGCUCAUAAUGACCUUUCACGGAUUCUGAACCCAAGAGGGUUGGGUUCGUUUUUCAUGAUUGUGUUGGAGUUUAGCCGUGCUUGGAUGCAUCUUCCUGAGUACCUCAAGUCUCACAAGCCUGAAGAUGUCUUUGAUCUCACCAAGUCCCCUGCCGUGUACUCGGUUGGGAAGGAGCACCUUGGAAAGUCAUACUAUGAGCUGUUAGAGAUGGAUCCUGACCCUGAGCGACGUGAGCUUUGGAAUGCCAACAUGGUAGCUGUUGAUGAGCUGAUGCCUGUCGUCGGUAUGUUUCCUUUUGCGUCACUCAAAGACGAAGUGGUUCAGGAUCCUGAACGACCUUUCUUGGUGGAUAUCGGUGCCGGUCGUGGUCAGUCGUGCAUUGCCAUCCGCAAAGACAUUGGCGAUGCCUUUGACGCGAAGUAUAUCCUACAGGACCUCCCUGGUGUCAUUGACUCGAUGGAUCCCAAGGACUAUCCAGGAUUUGAACUUAUGACGUAUGAUGCCUUUACACCGCAGCCUGUUAAGAACGCCCGUAUUUACUUUAUGCGCCGCUUCCUUCACGACUUCUAUACGCCAGUCUGUAUUGAAUUCGUCAAGAACACCGCAUCAGCCAUGGGGCCCGAUUCCCGUCUGAUCAUAUGCGACCAGCUGAUUCCUGACAUGGUCGAGAAAGACAAGUUCACAGAUCUGUACUGGCUCGAUUUUGCACUUCUCGCCAUGACUGGCCAAGAAAAGAAGAAAGCCGAUUUCGAAGAGAUUUUUGAAGCUGCUGGUCUGGAGUUGGUUAAAAUUUACCCAUCUGCCUAUGGAUGCACUGCGAUGCUGGAGGCGAGGUUGAAGAAGUCUGAGUAG